AUGGAGGCGACAAGAAGCGAGACGAAGCCGGUUUGGGUUUAUGUCAUAUUUCGGAAGAAUCACUGCUCAGGUCACGAAAAAAUGACUGUCAAUAUCAGCUUUGAUGGACCUAUUUUCUGGAAUCGUCAAGUAGCCUAUAUCUACUGCUGUUCUUGCCAUUUUGAUGAACAUGAGGUGAGAUUUCGCACAUUUUUAAGUAAUCCCCAAUGCAUACAAGAUGACUCGUAUAGUCCACAAAGCUUCUUUUUUUCUCCUAAUAUCCAUGUUUUGGCCUUCACAUUCGGACCAUUGAUGGCGAUUUUGAGCAAAUUCGAGCAAAGAGUCGAGCGUAUGUGCCUUGUAGAUCGCCCUGUGGACUACCCGUUCUUGCCAGAUUCUAUCUUUUCUUAUAUGGCUAAAUGCAUGCCAAAAUUGCAGGUAAGUCAGUCAUCCAUCUGGAAAAUUUUCCGAGUAAUAUAAAU